AUGAAGUGCGACGCGUAUGGCUCGCCCGCCUCCGUCGCUAGCUCCAUCCGAUAUGCACCCUACAACUCCGCUAUAAGCGCCUCGGCGUCCACCUCGACCGCCUCGGUGUGGUCCGAUACCGCAUCUCAAUCCUCCGACGACACCUCCAUCUCCGCAAACACGUCCGAUUCCGAUUCUUGCGACAGCUACUGUCUCUCGAAGCGGGCCACCGUCACCGCCUCAGAGAAGGCCGCCAGCUUUCGCCGCUCGCUUCUGCAGCGCGAGGCCGAGACCUCCGUUCCGGCGGAGCUGCGCCAGAACCCCCGGCGCACGGCUGGGUCGCACGCCCGGUCGGCCGCCCCCCCCGCACUUGUUCGGCAGUCCGAUCGCAAGAUCAACUUCGUCGACAACCUUGUUGACUCGUCCACCCAGAUCGUGGAGGCUAUCUGGCCGCUUUCCUCGGUGAUCUGCCGCAGUGAGCAGAGCAGUAAAGCUGUCCUGCCCCUGCGCACCUUCAUUCAGGAGACGCUUCGGCGUUCGCGCACCAGCUACUCCACACUCCAGGUGGCUCUGUACUACCUCAUUCUCAUCAAGCCGCAUGUGCCGAAGCACAACUUCACCACAGAGCAGCCAGAGGACCGGUACUCCGACCGCGCUCUGCAGUGUGGCCGGCGCAUGUUCCUCGCGGCUCUCAUUCUGGCGUCCAAGUAUCUCCAGGACCGCAAUUACUCUGCCCGCGCCUGGAGCAAGAUCUCUGGCCUCAAUACCCAGGAGAUCAACCAGAACGAGAUUGCUUUCCUCCUCGCUGUCAACUGGAAACUGCACAUCGCAGAUGAUGUCUUUCAGCGCUGGACGGAGAUGGUGCUCAAGUACACGCCACCGCCGUCGCCUCCUUCGCCCGGUGGUAUCUCGCAGGUCAUCGCGCAGCAGACCGCGGACUGGAAGCAGAUCAUUCUGAAGCUGGACCCGGAGCUGACCAACAUUGAGGGCCUGAUCCCUCAGGUCAGCUCCAAGACCAGCGACCUCUCCGUCAUGUCCCCGCGCAGCAUUCUCAACGGCACUCAGGAUGCUCGUACUGGAUUCGACACCCCCAGUGCCUUGCAGACACCCAAGUCUUGCGGCACGCCGGCUUUCAUGGAGCCUGCGCCGACGUCUGUCUUCACACCGGGCCGUCUGGCUCCGUCUCUGGGCCUCCUCCCCACCCCGCGUCUUACUCCCCAGACGAGCGGAUUUUGCACUCCUGCUGUGAGUGCUGCUUCGCAGAUCAUGGGGAAGUGCGGCGCAAUGGGCUUGGCUAUGGCGCAAGCAAACUGCAUCAACACGGCCCAGGCCCUGGAACGAUUCCCUUGCUCGAGCACUUCGUCGCCUCAGGGUUACUGCCCCGUCCGUCGCUCCUCUCUCGCCAACUCGGUCUCGACGGCAUCUUCUCCGGAAUCCAUGGUUUCUGACACGUCGCGUUCUUCGCGGUCCUCGUCCAUUUCCUCUGCAUCGUCUCUCGUUAGCGCGACCAACUACACCAGCUCCGGCAGGGGUAGUGUGCCGUCGCGAUUCCGGGCGACGAAGCUAUGGAAUGACAAGGUGUGCGCUAGACCGACGGUGCCUUCGGUUCCUGAAGAUUACGACGAGCCUUGCCCAUCGUCGUCACCUGAGUCUUACACCGGCCCGGUUAAUAAGCUCGGUGACCUCACCUUGGAAACCCCAUUGGCGAGGCGUGAGAUGGACCUCGACGAGAUGGCACGAGACCCAGCCUCGGACGCUGCUCGAGCUCUGCAGGACCUGCACAGACAAGCCUCGGCUAAUGCCACGCCCAUCGCCAGAACUGGCUGCAAGCGUAGCAGGACGUCGUCGAUGGACAACAACCUGCAGGACAAUGUGCGCGAAAUUCUCUCCGGAGGCUAUGAGGCGUCUCAGGCAGGUUGGCCCGACAGCCUCGUCCGCCCUCGAGGCGGCGUUGCCUCGGACUCAUACCUCCAAUUCCCCGGCCGCCCCAUUGUCGGAGCACCGGGAAAGAGAGUGUGCUGCUCCGCAGAGGCUGCCAGCGGCUACACAUCUGCCAAGAUCCACCCGGCCAUCAGCCUCCGUGGCCCCGGGAUGUGGGAUGGCAUUCUCAACUAG